UUUACAAAUAUACCAUCAGAAGCAGACUGGAAGAAAGAAGAUUGCCUUCCUUCUCCAGAGUGGCCAAACAAGGGCAAUGUUGAGCUCAUAGAUUUACAGGUAAGAUAUCGUCCAAAUACCCCUCUGGUUAUCAAAGGAAUAACACUCAGCAUAAAAGGGGGUGAGAAGAUUGGUGUUGUUGGUCGAACUGGGGGUGGAAAAUCAACUUUGAUCCAGGUUUUCUUUAGGUUGGUGGAGCCUUCAGGAGGAAGAAUCAUUAUUGAUGGCAUUGACAUUAGCACUCUUGGGCUGCAUGAUCUUAGGUCUCGAUUUGGAAUCAUCCCUCAAGAACCUGUUCUUUUUGAAGGAACUGUGAGAAGCAACAUUGAUCCAAUUGGACAGUAUUCUGAUGAAGAGAUAUGGAAGAGCCUUGAGCGCUGCCAGCUUAAGGAGGUAGUAGCUGCAAAGCCCGAUAAGCUGGACUCUUUAGUUGUUGAUAAUGGAGAAAAUUGGAGUGUCGGGCAGAGACAGCUUCUCUGUUUGGGACGUGUAAUGCUAAAACGCAGCAAACUUUUAUUUAUGGAUGAGGCGACUGCCUCAGUUGAUUCACAAACAGAUGGCGUGAUCCAGAAGAUCAUCAGGGAGGACUUCUCUUCCCGUACAAUUAUAAGCAUUGCCCAUAGAAUUCCAACAGUUAUGGACUGUGAUAGAGUUCUUGUAAUUGAUGCAGGUAAAGCAAAAGAAUUUGACAAGCCAUCGAGUUUGCUGGAGAAGCCUUCUCUCUUUGGAGCAUUGGUUGAGGAGUAUGCCAACCGAUCUUCUGAACUCUAGCUCUGAUCCUAGCAUUCUUGGAAUGGGCUGAAGAUUGAUUCUUGUUGGUUGAAUUAUAUUUUCCACAACUUCGGCCCCGUUUGGCAAACCUGAGUUUUUUGGAAAUUUAUUUAAAAUUUUACUGUAGAUCACCGUAAAAGUUGUAGAAAAACUUU